AUGGGACAAAACGACACAACUACUACACCGUACAAGGUGGAGAGUUCUGAUGAACUUGGCCGGUAUUUGGUCGUUAUUAGAGACCUAAAGCCUGGAGACCUAGUCCUGAUGGAAAAGCCGCUGGUCUUCGCUCCAAAAGCAAUGCCAGACCCUGAAGCACAAAUGCCGUGUGUUGGCUGUUACAAGCCUGUGUUCACAGACGUCGGAGAAAGAUGUGCUAAAUGCGGGUGGCCAGUGUGCAGCGGUAACUGUCCAGGUUUAGUUGACCCUCGACAUCACGGGGUGGAGUGUGCUGUACUUAGUACACGCCCUGAGUGUGUACUUGAUAAUAUGGCCGAUUAUUACAGACACGAUGCUUUACUUACCUUGAGAUGUGUUCUUUUACAAAACACUGAUCCUGAGAAAUGGAAGAGCAUAUUGGAUAUGCAAUCACACAUGGAGUGCAGGGAGCCUGGAACUGAGGCUUACGAGUAG